AUGGACGGCAAGAGACAUCCCAGCUCGUUCCAGCAACUGGAGAAGCUCGGAGAGGGCACGUACGCCACUGUCUUCAAGGGGAGAAACCGCCAGACCGGGGAGCUGGUCGCUCUCAAGGAGAUUCACCUCGAUUCCGAAGAGGGCACGCCAUCGACCGCCAUCCGAGAAAUCUCGCUGAUGAAGGAGCUCAAACACGAGAACAUUGUCGGACUUCACGAUGUUAUUCACACCGAGAACAAGCUGAUGCUCGUGUUUGAGUACAUGGAUGGCGAUCUGAAGAGAUACAUGGACACUCACGGCGAACGCGGCGCCCUCAAGCCCACGACGAUCAAGUCCUUCAUGUACCAGCUGCUCAAGGGCAUCGAUUUCUGCCACCAGAACCGAGUCCUGCAUCGAGAUCUCAAGCCACAAAACUUGCUCAUUAAUAGUAAAGGAUGUCUCAAGCUUGGUGACUUUGGUCUUGCCCGUGCCUUUGGCAUCCCCGUCAACACCUUCUCCAACGAGGUUGUGACCUUGUGGUAUCGUGCACCAGAUGUCUUGCUCGGUAGUAGGACAUACAAUACGAGCAUCGACAUCUGGUCAGCGGGGUGCAUCAUGGCUGAGAUGUACACUGGCCGGCCAUUGUUCCCCGGAACAACAAACGAGGAUCAGAUUGUCAGGAUAUUCCGCAUCAUGGGCACACCCACCGAGCGCACAUGGCCCGGCAUUACCCAGCUCCCAGAGUACAAGCCCACGUUCCAAAUGUACGCGACUCAAGAUUUGCGCAACAUUCUCCACGCAAUCGACCCCAGUGGAAUCGACCUGAUUCAACGGAUGCUCCAGCUUCGACCAGAGCUUCGCAUAAGUGCUCAUGACGCCCUGCAGCAUCCUUGGUUCAACGAUCUCGUCCUACAGCAACAACAGCAGCAAGCAGCCCUGCAAGCUCAGGCGCGGAGUUUCCAGCAGGCGGUCCCCUCGCAAGCCUUUGACAGCAAUUACUAG